AUGAGGCUAUGGACAUGUAACACCUCAUACACGAUUAGUGGUAAUUAUAUGGCAUCAUUAUUUCAAGUUUUCUAUAUACGUAUUUGUCAACCAGCAUUUAUACAGUUUAAAAAGUGUAUCAAAAAGUGUUUUAAUCAAUUAACUCAUAGAAAAGUUACUCAACAAUUAAAAUUAUCAAAAAACAAUGAUAUUUUAAUAUAUGAAAGAAAGAAUUCAAGAUUAUCAUCAUCAUCAAAUCCAAUAAAAUAUAAAAGAUAUAAAAGAAAACUAACUCAUACUACUCACAAUCAUUCUAAUAGUAGUAGAAUUAGUAGUAAUGACAAUAAUAACCAUUUAUAUCAUACUUAUCAUAGUCAUAGCUAUGCUAAUUACAAUCCUAAUGAUCAGUUGAAUUUAAAAAAUAUUGAACGAUCAAAUUUAGCAUGGAGUGAUAAACAAUCCCAAACUUCUUCAUCAAGAUUAUCAUCAUAUAAACCAGAUUAUUUAAUGGAACCUAUACCAUCUACAACUUCUUAUAUAAAUACAAAAAAUUAUUCAACCCAGAGAUUUAACAUAAAUGAUAUAUACUCACUAAGUCCAUAUUUACAACAACAACAACAACAACAUACACCACUGGAAAGUUUUGACUUGUCAAAUUAUUAUUUAAAUACAACUCGUUCAAUCAAUGAUCAAUCAUUCAAUGAAUCAAUAAAUACUUCGAAUAACCUUGAAUUACUUUCAUCAAUGAAUGUGAUAAAUAUAGAUCAUCAAUUAACACAACAACAACAACAACAAAAACGACAAAGUGAUUUAGAUAUAGGUCAUUCUGCAACAAAUGAAUCGAAUAAAUCAUCAAAUGAAACAUUAAAAACAGUUCCAAUAUCAUUAACUAUACUUAUGAUGACUGUUUAUAUAUUAUUAGGCGCUACUGUAUUUUGUUUAUGGGAAUCAACAGAUUAUUUAAAAUGGUCAUAUUUUUGUUUUGUAACAUUAUCAACAAUUGGAUUUGGUGAUAUUGUACCAGGUACAAAGAUUGAUUCACAAAAUCCAAAAGAAAAGAUGAUUGCUUUAGCAGUCUAUGUAGCUCUUGGUCUAUCUUUAUUUGCAAUGUGUUUCAAUUUAAUGGAAGAAGAGGUUACAGCAAAAAUGAAAAGAAUAGGACGACGUAUAGGUGUUACAAAAUCUAAAAAAAAGAAAUCAAAAUCUUAG